UUUGAUUUGCAUUGCAUAGAACAAAAAUAAAACUAGGCGAAAAAAAUAAUUUAUUUUUAAUUUUUCGUGAAAAAUUGUUUAAAUUAAAAUGAGUGAUGAUGAUAGAGAUAUUGAUAUCGAGAGUGAUGAUGAUAACGAUUCAGACGCAGGAUUGCCGCAACGUCAUACAAAUACACAAAAUUUUACUCAAGAGGAGAAGAGAGCCCACCAUAACGCUUUGGAAAGAAAAAGACGUGACCAUAUCAAAGAAAGUUUUACUAGCUUGAGGGAAGCUGUCCCCUCUCUAAAGGGGGAAAAGGCAAGCCGUGCCCAGAUUUUAAAGAAGACCACGGAAUGCAUACAGAUAAUGAGGCGUAAAAUACAAGCUAAUCAGAAAGAUGUCGAAGAUAUCAAAAAACAAAAUGCUGUAUUGGAAGCGCAGAUUCGAAUGUUGGAAUGUGCUAAGAGUGGCUAUGUCAUAGAUCCCACAGAAUACCAACAAUUAACGACUGGUGACCAAUCUCUACAGCAUGACAGUUCCGAUGGCGAUGAACAGGAUUUCAGUCGUCGGAGUAAAAAGAUGAAAACAUCGUAUCAGGCCUAGUAACAAAGAAAAAGUAACAGUGUCGGAUAUAUAAAGGAAAAAUAAGAUUAUUUGCUCAGACAAAAAUGCACAUUGGAUCCGAAAACUUUAGUACUAUUCUUCUCAGAAGAAGCAGGUUAAUGAAUUCGUAAAUAAAAUUCAUAAGUUAGAGGUAUUUACGACUUAGAUAUCCUGUAAGUCAUAUUGUAUCAUCUAUAAUUAAGGUUAAAAGUUACAAAAAUCUUCAAAAUUAGUAAAUAAGAUAUUUUAAAAAUAGCUACUGCAACUUUUUCUUACACUUAACAUAUAUUUUUCCUCUUUUUUUUAUAAAUGUGUAAUGUAAUAAAAAUGUGUGUUUGAGAAAGUU